AUGACCGCAGUCAGUGUCAACGAAAAUGCGCUGGUGCACCUCAGCGUGGGCGACUUCGUCGCCAUCCUCACCCAUCACAUGAAGAAUGACAAGCUGCACUGGAUCUUGGGUUCUGUCGAGACGCCGCCGUACCUGCGCGAUGUCGAGAUCCGCCUAUGGGCGAAGCAGCGGUUCGAGCUCGACGAGGGCGACACCCCGACCAACCCGGAGACCGCGGCACUGAUGGAUCGCAUUGCCCAGGUGAAGGACGAACUCCAGAAGAGCAUUGACCAGGCCGAGGACCUCACGGAGCAGCUGCGCGACCGCCGCGCUGCCAUUAUUCAGAAGAUCGCCGAGGCUAACAGAUACGUGGCGGAGUCAAACGCCGUCUGCGACGCUGCGCGCGACGACGUCGAGAACAUCUCCGACCGCAACUGGCAGGAGCUGAAGUCGUACCGUAUUCCACCCAAGAUGGUGUCGGUAAUAAUUCGCGCCGUGAUGUUGCUGCUCUCCGAGGACGAGGCUCGCACGUGGCCGCAUAUGCAGCGAGUGCUGCGUGACUUUUACUUCAAGCGCCGCAUUACAAGCUACGACCCCAGUACGCAGCUCUCCCCUGAGCGCCGUGACUACAUUCUCCAGGAGUGCGUGAGCAAGAAGAGCUUUCGCUAUGACCGCGCCAUGCAGGGUAGCGUGGCGAUGGGCCCCAUCUACUACUGGGUGCUGGCUCAGCUCGACAGCGGCGAGGCCCAGUCGCAGAGGGAAGAUGUUGAGCAGGAGAAAGUUGCACGCCAGAAAGAGCUGCGCGGUGUGCUGGAGCAAAUUAGCCAACAACAGGAGCGCAUAUCGGAGUAUCAGGAGCUCAUGGAUGACCUGGACGAUCAGCUGCGCUUGUGCAGCCAGCGCAACGGUGACGGCAGCACCGUCGUGACGCUCUCGCGGAGCCGGAGCGCCUCGCGCUCGCGCUCACGAUCGCGUUCGCGCCCGCGCCGCCGCAUCUCGAUCAGCGACCACUAUGCCGAGAGCUUUGCAGCGCGAGAGGGAAAGGAGUACCUUCGUCCAGCCUUCUACACAUGGAGACCGACGGACCGCGUCAUCAUUGUGCUGCGCAAGAAUAUCGUCUGCAACUUCGGCGCCGUCACCUCGCAGGAGCAGGAGGAGGGCUACAACAUGAGCGAGCCGCAGAUCCGCAUGUUGGAUGAAGGCCUCAUGCGCUCCCGGCGGGCCCUGGAGAGGAUUUGCGGCGACGAGGAUGAGGACCAUGCCCUCGAGGCGGACAUGCUCAAGCAGAACGACGACGAGGCCUACAACACAGUGCGCAACGAUGAGGACAUUCUGGAAGAGCGCCAACGCAACGCUGCCGAGGAAAAGCUCACGCCGACUCCGCCGCUGGAGGAGAGCGACACGACCAAGGUCGGCAUAGGCGCCGCCGAGGCAACGUCGAAGCUUCAGCGCACGUUCGAGGGAAAGAACUGGCACCGCAUUCUCGACUGCAAGCGCGAGGCCAUCGAGGCUGCUUUCAGAGAGGACUCCUCCGAGUGCCUGAAAGUGCCGCCGUACUCGAUCUCCAUCGAAAGCCUCAUCGUCGGGAGCCUCAUUGUUGACUUUUCGGCCCAGCACGACGGCCAGCGCUCCGACGCAGAACUGCAGGAGUGCGUGAAGGCGUUCGGAUUCCCGAAGGUCAUGUCACUCUACGAGGAGGAGGACGAGGAGGACGCGGAGGACGUGGUGGACGAAGAUAGUCCUGAACAUCAGAUGAGGUUCGGCGGCGACCACUGGGGCGACAUCGCCCCGGAGCACCAUGGCGAGAUCGAGGCCGCUUUCCUGGCAGACACAAGCGCCGCGACGGGUGCGCUGCAGGACGAGAUUGUCGUCCACGACAUUCGCACUGACGCGGACGAAGGCCUGACAGUGGACUACUCGAUGCUGGACAAGGACCGUGACCCCGAGGAAGUGCAGGAGCAAGUGGAUGCUUACGCAUACCCUUCUAUGUGGACCCUGUACCAGCGGCUCGCUGGACUGGACGAGGCGGUGCCGAUCCACCAGGUGCGCUUCCGCGGCGAGCGGUGGGCGGACAUCAUGCCCGGGGCCGAGGAAGCGAUCAAACAGGCGUUUGCUGAGGACACCGCCGGCGCGCUUGGCAUUGCGCCGCAGCAGGUCAUCCCCGACGAGAUCCGCUACGAGAAAGGACUGACGGUCCCCUACACCGUGCUCGACUGCUCGCUGGAUGGCGACGAAGUCGAUGCCAAAGCGGAGGACUAUCAUUACCCCAACACGUGGGCGCUGUACGACCGCCUUGUGGCGGAGGCCGUCGGCGCAGCCUACCAGAAGAGCUUCGAGGGCGAGCACUGGGAGGCGGUGCUGCACGCGGCGCGGCCAGAGGUGUCAGAGGCGUUUUGCACAGACACGGCGAACGCCGUCAAGUCCGAACCCGGCGACGUCGACCUCCGCUCUGUCGACACCGACCAGAACCGCCUGCUCGUCUCCUACAACGUUGGCGACUCGCAGCAGCGUGUCGAUGAGGUGCGUGCGGACACCCAGGAGUACCCCUACCCGGAAGUGUGGGCAUUGUACCAGCUCGUCAUCGCAGAGGAGGCCGAAGGCACGCGGAAGCUGUCCCAGACGUUCGACGGAGAGUCGUGGGACGCGAUCAACGCGGAGAUGCCGGAGCAGGUGCGCGGGGCCUUCACGGAGGAUGUGAUUGUCGCCACUCGUGUCGACUCGACAUGCGUGAUGAUACGUGACAUCAAGACGAGUAAGAGGGGCAUGACCGUUGAGUACGGUAUUGUUCGUGAAGAGGGUCAGUCCGCGUACGCGACGCGCAAGGCAGCGAGGAACUUCGACUACCCGGUUACGUGGGGCCUGUACGAGGCGAACAAGAAGAGCGCACCGGCGCAAGCCUUCAGCGGGUUUGGCGAGGGCGAGUCUGCGAUCUUCGAGCGCCGCUUCGAGGGCGAUGACUGGGACAUCGUUCUGGAGGACUAUCCUGAGGAGCUCAGUGACGCCUUCCGCUCGGAGGCGGCGCGUGUGCUGUGUGUGCCGAAGCAGAGCGUGCGCAUCAUCAGCACAGAGAUAGGCAGCCCGAACGUCAAGUACCAGAUCGUGGGCCCGCCGUGUGAGGACAGAGAGAUCGAGCGGCGCAUGGAGGAGGACGAGCUACCUGAGGUGAUGGAUCUGUACCAUCGCUGCACACACAGUGAGGACGGGGGCGCGACGUUGGAGCUGCUGAACCUCGAGGAGAUGCCACCGAAGGUGUUCGACGGAGACGAGUGGGACUUUGUGAUGGCGAACCAGCGCGUGGAGCUGGAGCAGGCGUUCGUGAAGGACACGGCCGACGCUCUCGGCGUGAGCGAUGAGCAGGUGACGGUGAAGGAGAUGAAGGUGGGUCCGUACGCGCUGCAGGUGCAGUACAGCGUGCGCGAUUGCCCAUCCGACGAAGCGGCGGCGCAGGCGACCGUGGAGGACUACCCUUACCCGUACAUGUGGGAGAUGUACCCGGAAGAGGAGGAUCUGGGCAAGUAUCAGAAGACGUUCGACGGCACAGGCUGGAAGGAAAUUGUUGCCUCCCGUGAGGACAGCGUGAGGGCGGCCUUCGCGAAGGACGCGGCUAACGCACUCGAGGUGGACGAGGAGAGUGUCGUGGUCAAGUCCGUCCGCGCCAACGCUGAGGGUCUCGAGGUGCGCUACAACGUGACGAGCGAGGCGUGGGAUAGGGAGCAGAUUAUGGAGAUGCAGGAGGAGUGCGACUACCCGAACACGUGGGCCCUUUACGAGGGAGACGAAGGCAACUGGGUGACGACCUCGCACCAGAUCGGCUUCGACGGCGAGGACUGGGUAUACGUCGUGCAGGACAAGAUGCCGGAGCUGCACGAGGCGUUUGUCAGCUGCACCGCCGAACUAUUUCAUGUGCGUCCGGAGCACGUUACGAAUACCGAGUACACAUUGGGCAGCCUCAUAGUGGACUUCGAGCUCACGCACCCGACGAGGUUGAGCGAGGAGGAGAUUAAGAAGCAGCUCGUCACGUGCCCGUACGAGCCGGUCUGGGAGCUCUACGGCUACCACCCCUGGGUCCCAACGGAGGUCAUGGGGACGACGCACAAUAUCUGCUUCGAGGGGCCAGGCUGGGCGACUGUGCUGGAGUCACAGCGUGAGGAGCUAGAAGAGCGCUUCAAACAGGGCACGGCGGUGGCGCUCGAGGUCGAGCCGUCUGACGUGCGCAUCGACUCGGCCGACUGCGCCGAGGAGUGCCUGUUCAUCCGCACGACCAUCACCCACCACAUCUUCCAGGAUAACGAGCUCCUGCAGGAGCAGCUUACCCGCUACCCAUACGAGGAGGUCUGGAAGCUCUACGUCGAGGACCCGAACCAGAGCUGGGCCGUCACCUCGCACCAGGUUGGCUUUGAUGGCGAUGACUGGGUGUACAUUGUGUCUGCCAACAAAGCGGCGCUGAAAAAGACCUUCCGCACGUGCACUGGCGAAUCCCUAGACCUGGCGGACGAGCACAUUACGAACAUCGUCUUCGAGGCCAACGAGGCGGCGCUGCUGACCACCUUCGAGGUGAAGCAUCCGAGGGAGCAGUCGGUGAAGGAGGUGAACCGGCGACUCGCUGAGUGCGACUAUAUGCCGGUGUGGGAGCUGUACAUUGAUCACCCGUACAACCCGGAGGAGAACGAGGUGACAUCGCAUGAGAUCGGCUUUGAGGGCGAUGAGUGGAACAAGGUAAUCAAGACGCAGCCGAAGCAGCUCGAGGAGGCCAUCAUGCUCGACACGUCCGAGGCGCUCGAAGUGACGCCGAACGACAUCACGUCGAUCACGACUAGCUUCGAGAACGGAAACCUACUAAUCGUGCGCCUCAACAUCCAGCACCCGGUGCUCCAGGACGAGGAGCUGAUCAAGGAGCAGCUGAGCCGCUACCCGUACGAGCGCGUGUGGGCACUCUACGAGGAUGCGCCUAUCACGCCCCUUAGUGAGGAAGACGCGGCCAGACUUAACGGUACCGGCGAGGGCGAGUCUGCGAUCUUCGAGCGCCGCUUCGAGGGCGAUGACUGGGACAUCGUUCUGGAGGACUAUCCUGAGGAGCUCAGUGACGCCUUCCGCUCGGAGGCGGCGCGUGUGCUGUGUGUGCCGAAGCAGAGCGUGCGCAUCAUCAGCACAGAGAUAGGCAGCCUGAUCGUCAAGUACCAGAUCGUGGGACCGCCGUGUGAGGACAGAGAGAUCGAGCGGCGCAUGGAGGAGGACGAGCUACCUGAGGUGUUGAAUCUGUACCGCCGUCGCUGCACACGCAUUAGGGACGAUAUCGCGACCGAGACGAGCCCCGUAAAGCCCGAGGAGGAAGAGGAGAUCACGACCCUGGAGGACUGCGGGUUUGAGGGCGCGGACUGGGACUACGUGUGGUCGAUCAAGCAGGAGGCGGUGUGCAAGGCCUUCGCGAAGGGUGUCGCGGAUGCGCUGGGUAUUAAGCCGACGGACAUCCAGAACAUCAACAUGGAGAAGUCGGCGGACGGCAUUGUGCUUGGCGCGAACGUGACGCACCCGCUGACGCAGGAUCACCAGAUGAUCUGUCAGACGCUGAAGAACCACCCGUUCGAGGAGUUGUGGGCACUGUACGAGACGCGCCCAUACAACCCGGCUGAGUCCGUGACCACGGAGCACAUCAUCUACUUCGAGGGCGAGGAAUGGGACGCUGUGAUGGCAGGAAAGCGCGAGGAAGUGGUGGAGGCUAUCCGUAAGGAUACAGCGAGUGCGCUGAACCUGCCGGCGGACGAUGUAGUGAGUGUGUGUACGGCGGUGGAGCCGACUGGGCUGCUCGCCACGGUCGUGGUGAGCCACUCGCCGCUGCAUGACGAUGAACUGAUCCAGGAGGAGCUGAUCAAAUACGAGUACGAGCGCGUGUGGGUGCUGUACUGCCCUGAGAGUGGACCACUGCAUGGCACGAAGCACUUCGACGGCUUGAAUUGGGCGAACGUAAUCGCGAGCGCCAGGACUGGCGUGAUGCAGGCGUUCCGCGAGGAUACGGCCGCUGCCGUGAAUAUCCGUCCGGAUGAUGUGGAUGUGGGCGAGAUCCGCACGACGGGGAUGGGCAUGGAUGUAGACUACACGGUGAACCUCGCGAACACGAGUGGGGUGGACAUAGAGCACACGCUUCUGACGUACCCGUACCCGAACCUUUGGGGCCACUACCGCGCCGAGGAGAUCACGACCCUGGAGGACUGCGGGUUUGAGGGCGCGGACUGGGACUACGUGUGGUCGAUCAAGCAGGAGGCGGUGUGCAAGGCCUUCGCGAAGGGUGUCGCGGAUGCGCUGGGUAUUAAGCCGACGGACAUCCAGAACAUCAACAUGGAGAAGUCGGCGGACGGCAUUGUGCUUGGCGCGAACGUGACGCACCCGCUGACGCAGGAUCACCAGAUGAUCUGUCAGACGCUGAAGAACCACCCGUUCGAGGAGUUGUGGGCACUGUACGAGACGCGCCCAUACAACCCGGCUGAGUCCGUGACCACGGAUCACAUCAUCUACUUCGAGGGCGAGGAAUGGGACGCUGUGAUGGCAGGAAAGCGCGAGGAAGUGGUGGAGGCUAUCCGUAAGGAUACAGCGAGUGCGCUGAACCUGCCGGCGGACGAUGUAGUGAGUGUGUGUACGGCGGUGGAGCCGACUGGGCUGCUCGCCACGGUCGUGGUGAGCCACUCGCCGCUGCAUGACGAUGAACUGAUCCAGGAGGAGCUGAUCAAAUACGAGUACGAGCGCGUGUGGGUGCUGUACUGCCCUGAGAGUGGACCACUGCAUGGCACGAAGCACUUCGACGGCUUGAAUUGGGCGAACGUAAUCGCGAGCGCCAGGACUGGCGUGAUGCAGGCGUUCCGCGAGGAUACGGCCGCUGCCGUGAAUAUCCGUCCGGAUGAUGUGGAUGUGGGCGAGAUCCGCACGACGGGGAUGGGCAUGGAUGUAGACUACACGGUGAACCUCGCGAACACGAGUGGGGUGGACAUAGAGCACACGCUUCUGACGUACCCGUACCCGAACCUUUGGGGCCACUACCGCGCCGAGGAGAUCACGACCCUGGAGGACUGCGGGUUUGAGGGCGCGGACUGGGACUACGUGUGGUCGAUCAAGCAGGAGGCGGUGUGCAAGGCCUUCGCGAAGGGUGUCGCGGAUGCGCUGGGUAUUAAGCCGACGGACAUCCAGAACAUCAACAUGGAGAAGUCGGCGGACGGCAUUGUGCUUGGCGCGAACGUGACGCACCCGCUGACGCAGGAUCACCAGAUGAUCUGUCAGACGCUGAAGAACCACCCGUUCGAGGAGUUGUGGGCACUGUACGAGACGCGCCCACACGACCAGAGCGAUCUGAAGGGCGCCCUUAGCGGAACAGGCGACCGCGAGUCUGGUCCGCUGCAGCGUCUCUUCGAUGGCGAUGACUGGGACCUCGUAGUGGAGGGCUGUCCAGAGGACGCUAAGGACGCCUUCCGAAAGGGUGUGGCAGACUCUGUGCACGUGCCGAAGUCUGGCGUCGUUGUAAUGGACUGGAGCCUGGGCAGCCUUAUCGUGAGCUACAAGGUGUGCAACUGCGACAUGGAGGAUGACGAGAUCGACAAGAGGGUAUAUGCACACGACUUUCCGGAGCUGAUGGCGUUGUACCGUGCGCGCGUGCGCGGCGGCGAAAAUAGCGAUUGUGUUGCCACAGAGGGACGCGCGAUGUGUGAAAAGGAAGUGGUCACUGUCGACAUAAUGGACGAGGGUGAGCUGCCGGAGGGGUACAUGCGUGUUGGGCUGAGUGUCAGCUUCGAGGGGGAGCUCUGGGAAAAGAUUGUAAAGAGGCGCACGCAGGAGCUGGCGGAUGCUUUUCGCGCUGACACUGCCAAGUCCAUCGGCGCUGCGCUGGGGGAUAUCCACGUCCGCGAGUGCGUUGUGAGCAAGGCACUUCUGUUGGUGCACUUUAGCGCCGGCUACGAGGCGACGGUGACGGAGGCUGAGCUGCGCAAGAAGGUUGAUGAAUACUCCUACGGUAGUGUUUGGGCCCUCUACGACGAGAUGGAAGACGCUCUCGAAGCCGACAUGUCGGAGGUCAUGGUCAAGCGCUUCGUCGGCGUUCACUGGGACGUUGCGAUAGAGACAUGCCCGACGCUUGUCAAGGAGGCCUUCAAGGAGGACACCGCGAAUGCGCUGCGCACUCAUGCCUCGAAGGUGAUCGUUGAGGACAUCGCUCUGGGCAGCCUCAUUGUGCGCUUCCGCGUGCACGGGCUAACGAUGUCGGAGGCGAAGGCGAUGCAGAUGACGGACAACUACGCCUACCCGAACGUAUGGGCUCUGUACAUGUGCUGCGAGGAGGCGAACGGCCGUGCUUCAUUGAAGAACCGCAAAAAUGGAAGCGGGGGUCGCCUGUCGCACCGACCGACUGAGCAGCUUGUGGCGGAGGAGGGUGUGGAGUCGCAGGACACCGUGACAUAUCUGCGCAAGGCCCUCGCCGACGCUCGCCGCGAGCGUGACAUGUACAUGGAACAGGUGGAGCAGGCGCAGCGCGCUAGCCAGAAUGUAUAA